CAUAAUUCAAGAUAAUUUUUUAUGUUUGUACAAGUUUUUAUGAUUAUUUGACCUGUUCAAAUGACACACAUAGUGUGAUGAGCUCUAAUAAUUCCUUGAUUGUUAUUUAAUGACACUUUUUGUCUGAAAAUGGGUCUCAACAGUGUGGUGACACAAACCGUCCUUUUUACAAGUCUUGUAACGGCCGUUACCGUCGUUGGUUCCUACUUGUACCAGAAAUGGAAACAGGUCAAAAUACCCUCGAAUUGGGAACGAAUCGGAAGCGUGAAAAAACUCCACUUGUAUCCACUUAAAAGCGGACAUCGAGUCGAAUUACAAAGGGCCGAAGUAACAGAAGUCGGACUCACACAGACCAAAGAGGACGAGAAGGUUUUCCAGCUAAGAGACAGGGUGUUGAUAGUAUAUGGAGCCAAGGAUCAUGAAUUUCGCACUGCUCGCACCUACCCCAAAAUGGUCCUCAUUGACGUUUCGGUGCACGAUGAAGAUCAUCUUGCCAUUGAUGCCCCCACAAUGAGGACACUCUACGUUAAAAUACCCAACCGAAAAGACAACGACGUUACUAAAGUCAAGUCGUGGAACAACGAAUACAUUGAAGCGAUCGAUUGUGGUGAUGAGGCUGCUGGUUGGUUUUCUCGAUACAUAAUCGAGCGCGAUUUUGGCUUAAGACUGGGCUACAAUGAUGCUAUGCAACGUCGAGACAUUACUAAAACUCAUCACAAACUCCUCAAUUACUACAAGAAUUUAAGCAAUCAUUCCACUGGUCUGUUUGCAGACUUGUCGAGUGUCACUCUCAUCAAUCAACACUCGGUUCAUGAUUUAAAUAAACGAGUUGGUAACAAUUCGAAUGUCACUGUUGAGAAUUUCAGACAUAAUAUUAUCGUUGAUGGACCUGAUUUGCAACCCUAUGAUGAAGACAAUUGGGAUUGGAUAAAAGUUGGUGAUAAUGUUAUUUUGAGAAAUGUUAAAGAUUGCACUAGAUGUGUCUUUACAACUAUUUCGUCUGAAAACGGAAUUAGGGAUAUUAAUAGACAACCUUUGAAAACAUUGGAAACAUAUCGGAAACACUCCGGACCUGAUCGCGGACCGAGAUUUGGAACGAAUUUGGAAGUGGGAAAAACUGGAUUUAUUAAUGUAGGCGAUCCUGUAUUUAUUGCCAGGAAAGAGGAAAAUCACUAAAGACGUUUAGAUCUAUGAUGUGUAGAUUACAUAGUUUUUGGUCAUACAUUUCAUUCGUGUAUAAAGAUUGUUAUAUUAUUUAGGCGAUCCUGUAUAUAAAAAAAUAAAAGUUGAUUGUUCA